AUGCUCAAGCCGGCGUUCCUUGUGAUUCUGCUGUUUGGCGCGGUAGAUUCGGGUAUUAUCGGCCGUACCCAGAGCGCUGGUGCGCAGGGAGUGCUGUUAUGCCAUGGCCAAAGAGCGGCCAAUGUGUUGGUGAAGCUGUUCGAUGCGGAUACGGGAAUCGACAGGGAUGAUUUGCUCGCCUCGGGGAAGUCGGAUCAAAAUGGAUUCUUCAGGAUUAGCGGGAGCACCAAGGAGAUUACUAAUAUCGAUCCCAAACUCAACAUUUACCAUGAUUGUAACAAUCAGUUGGUAAGUUUCUAAAUUAGUGAAUCCUUACCACACUGUUUUACUUGGCAAAGUAACUUUAUCGGAUGUCGCAAUAUUCUAAAUUCAAUUUUUAGCCCUGCAAGCGCAAAUUCAGCCUUCCCAUCCCGGAUUCCUACAUCAGCAAAGGCUCCACUCCCCAAAGUUUCUUCCAGGUUCAUUACCUCGAACUAUCCGAGAAAUUCCCCGGUGAGACCAGAGAUUGUAUCCACUAA